AUGGGGGAGGAGACCCAGCGCAUCGGCCGCUUCGGGCUCGGCUUCAACUCGGUGUACAACCUCACGGAUCUGCCGAGCAUCCUGAGCGACGACAUGGUCCUCUUCCUGGACCCCCACGUGCAGCACCUGCAGGCAAUGGGCGCGUCCACGCAGAAGCCGGGCAUCAAGCUCCGGUUCCUGAAGGUGUCGGUGCUGGAUCGUUUCCGCGACCAGUUCGAACCCUACCACGGCCUGAUGGGCUGCGAUCUGAGCUCCGGGGCGCCGUUCAAGGGCACGCUCAUCCGCGUCCCCUUCCGCACCGAGGAGGCGGCGAGGGGCAGCGAGAUCAGCAGUAUCAUGGUGGAUAGCGCCAUGGUGGAGACGCUCUCGAAGCAGUUCCAGGCGGAGGCCUUCCAGUGGCUGCUGUUCCUGCAGAGCGUGCGGCAGGUCGAGAUGUCGGAGAUCGUCGGGGUGGAGGACGGCCGGCCCGUUCUGCGCUCCCGCGGGGCGGUGUCGCUGAGCGGGCGCCCGGGCGGGCCGCGGCCGAGCAUCGUGACGUGCGGCCCCGGGGAGAGGUCUCCGCAUGCGCCGAUCCGAGAAGGCCGCGCGGGCCUCUGGGAGCCGGUGCCUGCAGGCAUCGUGCUGCAAGAAGAACAGGAUGGCCAGCAGGCGGCGCUGGCGACGACGUCGCGGAGGUACCACCUGUACACCGACACCAGGCACGGCUUCCAGAGCAGGGUGGCGAUCGCCGUGCCGUUGGGCAUCGCCGAUGCCGUGGUGGACCUGACGCGGCAGGAUGCCGAGAAGGGCCGGGUGUUCUGCUUCCUGCCGGUUCCGAAGAGCAUCGACCUGGGGCUCCGGGUCCACGUGCACGCGCCGCUGAACAUGGCGCAGGACAGGCGCAGCGUCCUGUUGGACGACCGCGUGGGAGAGAGCGAGCGCGAGCUCGUCAGGCACAACCUCGUCCUGCUGGGGGACCUGGUGCCUGGGGCCUUGCUGGCGUGCCUCCAGGACCUGGCCGUGCGGCGGAACCAGAUGCCGCCUUCGCACUUCUUCGGCUUCUUCCCCACGCUGCCGGAGGGCCGUGGGAUGGAGACGCCGGCGGACCGCAUCGCGCGGAGCUUCUACGCGCGGCUGGUCUCCGGCCCAUCGUUCACGUCUGCCAGUGCCAGGAAGGACACCGCGAAUUAG